GAAUGACGUUGCUAGGCAACGAAACUCAAACACGUGCACAAUUUAGCGUCUUAUUGACCAGAGGAACUUUGACCACAGGAUAGCUAGAAAGUCUUUUUAAAAGCUCAUGAAUGGUUAAGACGAACAUUAACGAUAAAAGAUAAGCAUAUAUUUUGCUUCUGUUGCAGCCACAUUUGAAAUAAGAUGAAUGUGACUGAUGGAAAUAGCGAUUACCAAAUGAAAUAUACAGAUAGAUAUCCAAACGUUCCUAAGGCUGGGAAACUAAUACCUGUAGGAUACAGUGUUAAGAGCUGCUUACAAGAAGUGACGAGGCCCCCCACCCCACCAGUGGUAAGGAAAUUCCACAACAGCAUUCAGCCAGAACCAGGAGCAAUCAGAGUGCACCCAGGGAAGGCAAAUGAUCCAGAUGUUGCCAGCACGCUUGUUCAUGGCAUCAGCACAAAAUCAUCCAUCAGUAGCAGAAGUUUGCUCAAUCCUCCAAAAAAGACCUUGUUUCAACAGAAGCUGCAAGAGUUCAGUGAAGCAGUGUACACCUCCAGUCGAAAAGCACCUCUGGGAAUGUCAUGUGAUCAGCGUGGAGGACUUCCCACCUGGUAUAAUGACAAAACUACAUUUGGUGUUAAAACAGUUAAAGGAUUAGAUGUGCACGCGCUUAUUAACCCUUCAAAAACAGCAGAGGAGGUAGAGAAAGAAGCUCAGGCGGGACAUGAGGGUUAUGUUCGAAGCCACAACGCUUUUUUUGUUGGUGAGCAAAUUGAUAGGAAGUAUGAUUGGAGUCACUACAGUAAAGACAGCAGGUUUGGGAUCCCCACACCUCAUUUCAACGAUGGUCGUAAUCUUGGCAAAACUCUUCAUUGGUUGGGGGAGACACAGAAAUUUUACCAUCCAAAGCCUGUUUGGAAAAGAUCUGGUAACAGGGAAAAGAUGGCACUGCAAUUUGGCAAAGUGAGCAAGAUGAGAGGAAAUACCCUGAACGUUCCACCAAAUCACACCUUUGGAACACUCUUGCCGCAAGAUGGAUUUGGUGCUGGACAUAUAAUCCACUCCAUGGAGCCAGGGCAGCAUGUGAGAGACAGAGAAAGACAGCGUAGCCUGGUCAGUGCAGUGCAACACCACCUCAAGAAGGUCAACUUCCACAACUUCCCCUCCUUGCUGCAGGCGUUCAGACAUUAUGACAAGAAAGGCAAAGGAAUGAUUGACAAAGAGGAUCUGCAUGCAGUGUGCCGUCAGUUCCAGCUGGAUGUUAGCGAGCCUGUCCUGAAUGAUCUAAUGGAAUACUGUGACACAGACAAGGAUGGGCUUAUCAACUUCCUGGAGUUUGCUAACUUCCUAAAUUGGAAGGACAAGAUGCCUAUCAACAUAUGGGAGCAGCGCAUUAUAACGAAUGAGACCAGCACAGCUCCAGCCAACAUGGAGAGUAAGCUUUUGUCACAACCAGCACAUCUUCCUGCCUAUAAAGCCUUGAUUAAACCUGAGGAACUGGAGCCUCUAGAGCCAGGCAGCUCACUGAAGACUGUCAGGACCCUGAGGCGACAGAAGGUAGCCCCAGACCACUUCAUCACCUCUUCCUCCCUUAUUGGGUCUGUCGGUGAUUCUGUGCUCACAUCAAACACCCGCAUCUAUGGGAUUCCGACUGUGCGCUCCGAUCGUCCAGCUCCACGCAUCAGAAGAGUCGGUGACACUACAAACUACGGUGAUACAUCCACAGCUGCAAAUCUUCUGCAUCCCUCGGUUCAUGCCCUCCAUGGUGUUCAUGAGGAACACUUCUUCUGUCCUCGCACCAAGGAGGAGAUCACUGAGAUCUUCAUGAAUGUAGGUGUGAUUAUUUCCGAGGAGACGUUCGAGGAGGCCUGGAAGCUGGCAUCCAUGAAGCACCCAGCUGGGGAGGCCACUGCUCCUCUCCAUGGGAACUGCUAAUUGGACCUCCCCUGUGGCCACUUGAAGAAGCAGCCAGACGUGGCCCUGUAGACACUUCUGCCAGUCCACAGGGACGAUGGCAGAUAAGAGAUUCACGCCAGCUAUGCGGGUCUGUGGAUCCACUUCUUUAGGGAUGACAGUCUGAUGUCUCCCUACUUUGCCAUCUGGUCCUAGAUUUACCAACGAACCAGUCGGGACAAGAGAGACUCAACAUGAUUUUUAGACGAUAACACCCCUGAAUGUUCAGGCUGUUGAGUGUUUAUGUGUGUGUGCUCUUCUACUUCUAUCUUUGUGAGGACCACUUUGAGUUUUAGAUUUUGGGGGCAUGUUUUGGAAACUCAGGAUAGUUUUGGAAAGGAAAGGAAAGUUUUGGAAAGUGAAGACAUUUUUGGAAAGAGGAUAUUUUUAAAAAAUAUUUUUGUAAAGUUAGAAUGUAUUUGAAUAGUGAAGACAUGUUUAAUUUCAAAGUGUGGACACGUUUGCAAACUGAAGACAGUCUUGGAAAGUGCAGAUAUUUCUGACAAUUAGAGGCAUUUUUUGUAAAGAAAAGUAUAUUUUUGUAAAGUGAGGCUGUUUUUCUCUAAAAUGAAGUAUGUUUUUGAAAAAUGGGGACCUUUACAAAAAAUGAGGACAUUUUUGUACGGUUUAAGAAAGUACAGACAUUUUGAAAGAAAGGGCCUUUUGAAAUGGAGCAAGUUUUUGGAAAGUGCAUACAUUUUUUAUAAAUUAAGUGGCUCUUUUACGUUCAAGGGACAUUGUAAGACAGUUUUGAAAUUAAUAACUUUUUAAAAACUUUUUGGACAUUUUUGAAUUUUGGAAAGUGUGGACAUUCUUAACAAAUGGAGACCAUUCUGAAGAGGGAGGAUAAUUUUGGGAAAUGAGGACAUUGUGAGAAAGGCAAUUUUCAAAUGUGAUAACCUUCAGCAAAACAUAUUUUCUAUAAGUGAGUGACAACGUGAAAUAUGUUUUAGAAGGUUUAGAGGUUUUUGAGACUUGCUUUUAGGGUUAAAUUAGAUUUAGGUUGGUGAAGGUCAUCAUAUGUAAACGUGUGUGACAGAGAGAAAGAUACAAUGAGAAAGCGUGGGAGUAUAUGGGAAGAGUUAAAGGUCGUGUUUGUUGUGGGCAUGGCAGGCGCCUGUUGGUGUAUGUGUGUGCGCAUGUAGUUGUGUAACUGAGGUUUCAUUAGGGUGUAAUGAGAAUUGCAGGUUUGAUGUGUGUGUGUGUGGUAAAGUGUGAUAUUUGGAGGAAGUGGGAAUUGUGACAGUGGCAGGUUUGUGUUUGUACUCACGGAUGCAAAAUGUGUGCGCAAGUGUUUGUAUCAAGUACGAUGAAUGAAAAUGCCCUAGAUUCUGGUGUGAGCCAGUGUCUUUGUCAGGUUUGUGUGUAUGCUUGUCUGCCCAUGUGUGACAGGACAUCACACGCGUGUGUGCUUGUGUAACUGACCUUGAUGUUUGUUCCUCAGAAGUGAAGAUGAACAGAUAAGCAGCAGGCUCUCGCCUCAGCUGUUCUUCUUUUCUUGCUUCCCUUCAACCACCAAGACAGAAGAUGAUGUUCGGUUUAUUCUAUAUCAAACUGAAGAUUACUCAGUCUGUGCAUCCUGUCUGCACUCGAUAUAAAACCAGCACAUUUCCUCGAAUAUGACAUUUAAAUCUUUUUAGGUAAACUUCUGUAAGAGAGGUAGAGCAGGAUUUUUUUUCUUUUUUUUCACCUCUGGUCAAACAGAUUUUCUUUUCACACAUUUUAAAUAAACCUAAGCAACAAUGCGGCACCAAGAAAU